ACUCAUCAUUCCUCAGUAUAUUACCGUUGUAUAUGGCUCGCCUCUUUCUCUCUCUCUCUCUCUCUCCAUACCCAUUUCCUUUCAAAUUAAGACCACAAAACGAAUUGUUUUGGAGAUAGAGAUCGAUGAGACGACAGGACAGCUGCAGUAGUGAUAUGCGGUUAGACCCAGCAGCAUCUGCCUCUGCUCACCAUGGAGAUCCGAAUGCAAAGACCAUGGGCUGCAUGUCCGGCAUUAUUUGCUUUCUCUCCAAAUACCACCGUACUAAUUUCCGCAAAUGCAAAUUCCUCACAUUUGGGAAAACGCAAAAUCAAGAGAAGAAUAAUGGGCGGGUUGGUAAUGGUUCCUCUUCUCCAGGAUCGUCAUCAACAACAAUCCAAGCUGCUUCCACUAACAGAAUAGUGGCCCAACUAACAGAAUUAAACAAAAUUGGAGACAAGUCACCAUCCUCCCAUAUUAGUUAUCUCCAGGCAGUCUCAUGUAAUAUUGUGCCAAGAAGCCCGACACUUCCAGCAGAUAUUCGGCGGCGAUCAGCACCAUCGCUGGUAAUAGCGCGGCUUAUGGGGUUGGAAGAGGAAGAGGCUCCAUCAAUACAAGUUCAAGAUCAGUACUACUACUCGAGGAUAACUGGCCAGAAGAGGCAACAGCUGCUGGGAGCAUUGGAAAAAUGCGACCGAGAUUUGAAGGCGCUCAAGCAGAUGAUAGAAGCUGUUGGUGCGCCACCGAAAAAAUCAAUUGAGGCGAUUGACAAUACUGUUGUUGUUAUUAAUAAGGGAAUUAAGAAGAGGUCUAAUGAUGGUGCUAUUUUGAAGAAGAGUAGUAGUGAGCUGCAGCCGAGUUGUGUUUCUGUGCUGGAUGACGAGUCCAGUACUCGUUUUCCCUUCAGCAACCCCCACCACCACUACUCCAAGAAACAAAUAUCGUUCAAUAUUAAUUACGGGCGAGCACAACAAAGGAAGAUAGCUGGAGAAGAAGACUGCUACUUGAGUAAUCCUUCAAGUAUAAUUAACAAGUUCACUACAGAAUCGUCAGUAGCAGCAUUUGAUGAGAACAAGACCCGUCCUGACUACCAUGUUAUUGUGGAAGAGAGUACUGUGGAUCAAGUGUGUAGAGACAUUGCCUGGGGUGAGAAAAGAGAAAUGGGAAGAAUAGGCUUGGCUUUACAGGACCUUAUCUACAAAAACUUGAUUCAAGAGCUCGUCGCUGAAAUGGAUUAUUCAAAAUAUACUAGUCCUGUGUGCUCACUACCCUUUGAGGCAUGUAAGAGAAGACUAUCAUUCUAAAUCGA